AUGUACGGGACGUAUUUGGAGUCAGAAACGGCUCGCGAACCUUGCCAAAUCGACAUUGACCAGUUAUCGGAGGAUGAAUGGAAGCGGCUGCAACCGCUUCUGUGGCUCGAGCUGGAAUCCCUCUUCGACAAGCAUCGCGUAUCCCCGGUCAGACAGAAACCGUUUAAGCCAACGCGCAAGGAGAAAGGCAACGGUGUCUUUGGUGUGUCGCUGAAUACACUUAUUCACCGCGACCAGCAGGUAUUCACCGGAAAGGAUACGACCGUGACCUUGGUACCGCUAGUGCUGCAGGUCAUACUGUCCGAGCUGGCAGUGCGCGGUGCUAGGGAGGAAGGCAUUUUGCGAGUAUCGGGAAACAAACAGAGGAUCGACGCCCUGUACAAUGAGAUCGAGCACAAUUUCUACCGCAAACCGGAAAAGAUCGAUCCGCUGAUCAAGGAAGCGGGUGUGCAUGAUCUCAGCUCGCUAUUGAAGCGUUGGCUAAGGGACUUGUCGCAGCCACUCUUGACCAACGAUUUGGUGCACCUUUUCUUUCAAGCGAACGUUUUACCUCCACACGAUCAGUGUAAAGCGCUGACGGUGCUUUGCCAACUACUGCCGCACGAAAAUCGCAACACACUGCGCGCGCUGUUGCAUUUCUUCCGUCGAGUAGUGGAGCAGCAACACCUGAACCGAAUGUCCCAACAGAACGUGGCAACGAUCAUUGCGCCCUCGUUCUUUCCACCAACAUUUGUGCAUCCACCAGACCACAAGGACGAUAUGGGAGCGCAAACACAGAUGGCUGAAAAGUGUUGUCAGCUCACCAACGUGCUCCUAGGCAUGGCCGACAGCUUAUGGGUCGUACCACAGCGUCUAAUCGAGCAGGGCAAGAUUGUCAUUGCCAUGUGAACGGGCCGUUUGAAGUAACUGUGUGCUACCAUUUUGACUGACCAUGUUGAUGGAGACUGUGUUCCAAAUUUGCUAUUUGCUGCUGAUGAUUGUCGCUCAACAAAAAUGACCAAAUAUUAAUAAAUUAUAAUAAAACUUAA